CUCCUCCUUGCACUUCUUUUCUUUUUCUUUUUUUUUUCACACGCUUGUUCGCGUGCCCUGUUUCGUUUCUCGCUCUUUAUCUUCUUUUUCCCUCUGUUUUUCUUUGCUGGUUGGUAGGUAGUCUUUCUCCCCCCCUCUCCUUCUCUUUAUUCCCGGCGCGGCCUUCGACGGUAUUUAGUCCCGGCCCUGGCCCUGGCCUGGCUCGGUCGCUGCGCCGUAUUUACUAUCAGUUCUUCUGUUCUCUCUCGCUCUCCCCCACUCACUCACUCACUCACUCACUGCAGUCCAUCACAUCCCAGGUUUACUGCCACCACAAACAUCCUCAUCUUCAUCUCCUCACUACUGUAGUAUCACCGCGCUCUGUCGUGUUGCUAUUGCUCAACCAUGGGAGCCUAUCGCCUCGGUGAGUUACUCUCUUUUAUUCUUUUUUACCCUUUGCCUAUUCCCUUUGCGAACUCGGACUUCAGCUUGAGGGGAGAGGCCGCGAAAUCCCGCGCUGCGGGCUGCCAAAACAAAGAAUGUAAGGACAUGAAGAUCAAGAUCGCCAAGGGCGAGCUCCGUCACGGAUCCAUGGUGGACACCGGACAAUUCCAAUCCUUCAUGUGGCGUCACUGGGGCUGCGUCACCCCCAAGGUGAUCGCCAACAUGAACGCAGUCAUCGAAGAAGGCAGCCCCGAGGGCCAGAGAGACUACACGGCCCUGGACGGCUACGAAGAUCUCGAACCCGAUGUCCAGGAGAAGGUUCGCAGAGCCCUGGACCAGGGUCACGUCGACGACGAGGAUUGGAAGGGUGACGUUGAAUGCAACCGACCCGGGAAGACGGGAUUCCGGAAGCGCGCGAUGAAGAAGGCUGUUGCGAAGGUAUGUGUUCUGUCUUAUUUCUCUGGGCUUCUGGGGAAGCUGUAUCCAUGCGCGUCAAAUGCUAAUUUUGAGCAGCAAGAGGAAGCCCCCAAGGAGGAUGGUUCCCCCGCCCAGGCUAAGAAGCUUGACGCGGAUGGAUCUCAGGAGGCUCCCAAGGCCAAGAAGGCUCGGAAGAGCACUGACUCUAAGAAAGAGGCUGAGGAGGAGGCCGAGGUGAAGGAGGCUCCCAAGGCCAAGACGUCUAAGAAGAGCACCGAGUCGAAGAUGUCCCAGAAGAGCAGCGCCGAGUCCAAGACGUCCCAGAGGAGUACCGAGUCCAAGAAGUCCCGGAAGAGCACUGAGCCCAAGAAGAAACCUGGGCCGGAAGCCGAGCCCGAACCGAAGGUCGAAGCCGAUCAAGUCGUGCUUAAGACUGAAGCUGAAGCUGAACCUGAACCUGAACCUGAAGCUCAGGCUGAACCCGAAGCUAAGGCCGAACCUGAAGCUAAGGCCGAACCUGAUCCCGCAGCCGAAGUUGCACCCAAGGUCGAGGAGAGCCCUGAAACGGAGCCUCCUAGGGGCAAGAAGCGCGCCCGUUCUCCCAAAAUCAAGGAUGAGUCUCUGUCUGGGGCUGGAAUCAACGAAGGAGUCGAGGCCGUCGUCGAGCCCGAGGCAGAAAAGAAAGCGGAAGUGGAAGAGGAAGAGGAGGCGCCCAAGCCCAAGAAAGCUCGCAAGAACGCCAAGGAAGCCGACGAGGGCGACAAGAAGCCGAAGCCCAAGGCUGCCGCCAAACCCAAGCGCGCUGCCAAACCCCCGCCGAGCCCACCAGACCCCGUUCCACCCGCACCCGAGCUGGCGCUAAGGCUUCCGGGGCUGCUCCGGCUGCUCCUGCUGCUCCUGAGCCCAAGCCUGCGAAGACCAAGAAGGGGCGCAAGUCUGCUUGAGCGCUCAGGUGGGUUAAUUUAGUUGGUGUUGGUGUGAUAGGGUGAAGUCGGCUGUUUUAAUUUUUCUUUUCUUUUCCUUUCUUUUCUUUCUCUGUUCUAUCUCUUUCUAUCUUCAUUUUUUCUAGUAUCAUCAUCCUCAUCAUUUUUGUUGUUAUUGUCAUUGCCAUCUCGCGUGCGUAUCUGUUUGUCACUUUUGCUUUUUCUCAAUUCCGACCAACCUGUAUCUGGAGAAUAUUCCGGUUCCCAUGUCACUGCUUAUUAUUUUACUUACUUACUAUCUCCUGAUCUGAUGUGAGCGUACUCUUGCUGGUGUUUCGGGGUGAUGGUUUCAUUCAAUUUUGUCUUGUUUUAUUCUAUCUCAUUCCAUUUUGUUCUGUUUUGUUUUGUCCUAUGUCGCUGCCUUUCAUGUUGAUAGGUUGUAAUAAUAGCAGGUCUAUAUCAAUUUCACCUCUCC